AUGUGGACUACUCCUUGACUUCUCUGUAACCUUUUCUAGCUAGCUAGAUCAUCAAUCUCUCUUUCAAUUUUCUCCAAAAUUUCCUUGAACCUAUGGACGAAAGUUGGAGUGAGGGAAAAAGGAGCAUGAGUUACAAGGAGGAGGAUGAGUACGAAGAAGAGGAAGAGGAGGAGGUGAGUGAGUAUAGAGAUGAUGGUAGGAAAAAGAAGGUGGUGAGUAGUAAGAGAGGGUCCAAAGCUGGAGGCUCAGUGCCACCUUCAUGUCAAGUUGAUGGUUGUAGCGCUGAUCUAAGUGAAGCUAAGCCCUACCAUAGGCGUCACAAGGUUUGUGAGUACCAUGCCAAGGCUCCUGCCGUACUCAUUGGAGACCAGCACCAACGGUUUUGCCAACAAUGUAGUAGGUUUCAUGAGCUAUCAGAAUUCGAUGACUCAAAAAGGAGUUGCAGAAGACGUUUGGCUGGACAUAAUGAGAGGCGUCGCAAAAAUGCAUCUGAAUACCACGAACUUUGAUGAAUUGGACAACAAUGAAUGUUUAUGCAAGAUAAUAUAACAAUAACAACAACAAAGUAAACCUUUCGUCUCAUGUGAGCAAGGCAAGACAAGCAGCAACAAAUAAUUUAAAUAAAGUCUCCCAUAAAUCCUUCAUAUAUAUAUGCUAAAAUUGUUGUGGUAGUUAUAUCCAAGAGAAUAUUAUAAAAAAAAUCUUGCUUCCCAUUAA